AUGAUAAAUAGCGAAAAUAGUACCGAUUCAUUGAAACACAACACCAACACGACGCUAGCCCGCCAGAACUUGACGCGUUUCAGCGCUGUCAAGCAAACGAGGAUCUAUUUUACUCCACCCAUACCGACGGUUCGGUCAAUUCAACAAAUGUUGAGCUACGUCCUCUACUGGUGCGCCCUCAUCUCCAUCGGCUUGCUGACUAUCUUCCAAUGCAAGGGCUCCAAGAAAAAGGCCACCGACCCGAAGGCUGCAGCCGGAGCCAAGAAGCCUGGACAGUCUGUGAUGCAGAAGCCUGCUGGUGAAGCGGGAGAAGCGAAGACCAAGAAGGAGGAGGUGAAGAAGGAAGGCGAAGAGAAGAAGGACGAGAAGAAGGAAGGCGAGGAAAAGAAGGAAGAAAAGAAGGAGGACGAGAAAAAGGAUGAUAAGAAAGACGAGAAGAAAGACGAGAAGAAAGAGGAAGAGAAAAAGGACGACAAGAAGGAUGAGGAAAAGAAGGAUGGUGAGAAGAAAGACGACGAGAAGAAGGAAGAUGAGAAGAAAGACGAUGAGAAGAAGGAGGGCAGCAAGAAGGAGGGCGGCUCGAAGAAGGAAGGCGGAUCCAAGAAGGACGAAAAGAAGGAAGGAUCGAAAAAGGAGGGCAGUAAGAAGGAAGGGUCGAAAAAGAAGGAAGGAAGCAAGAAGGAGGGCUCGAAGAAGGAAGGCAGCAAGAAGGAAGGAUCGAAGAAGGAGAAGGAGGGCAGCAAGAAGGACAAGAAGGAAGGCGACGACAAGAAGGAGGGCUCGAAGAAAGAGGGAUCGAAAAAGGAAAAGUCUAAGUUGGACGAAAAGAAGGACGAGGAGAAGAAGGAUGGUGAUAAGAAGGAAGAAGAGAAAAAAGACGAGAAGAAGGACGACAAGAAGGAGGAGAAGAAAGACGACAAGAAGGAGGAGAAAAAGGAAGAGAAGAAGGAUGAGAAGAAAGAUGAGAAGAAGGACGAGAAGAAAGAGGAUAAGAAAGACGGCGAGAAGAAGGAGGGCGAUGAUAAGAAGGACGGCGAGAAGAAGGAGGACGAGAAAAAGGAUGAGGAGAAGAAAGAUGAGAAGAAGGAAGAGCCCAAGAAGGAGGAGGCCAAGAAGGAGGACGGAAAGCCAGCGACGGAGCCCGAGACCAUGAAAUGGACGGAUGCUGCCGGCGAGCAGGUCCUCGUGAUCAAGAAUCCCGGGAAGCGCCGCGCCUUCAAGGUCAAAUGCUCGGAUAACAAGAUCUACCGCAUCAACCCCGUGUUCUCCAUCGCCAAGGCCGAUGAGGACACCAAGAUCAGCAUCAGCAGGAUCGCCGCGCCCGUCAAGGAGGACCGCCUCGAGAUCGUCCACUACGAAGCGCCCGACGAGAAGGUCACCAAGGCCGAAGACAUCUUCAAGGACAAGACCCUCAAGACCGAGACGAUCAUCGUCCCCACCGGCACUGGAAUCAAGCCAGCGCCCCCGGGGGCCAACGAUCCUGCUGCUCAGACUGCUGCUCCGGGCGCGCCCAGCCCUGCACCUGCAGCUCCGGCCGCCAGUCCCGCCGCUGCCGCAAGUCCGGAUGCUGCUCAAGGCUACACUCUGGAGCCGAAGAACAUAGAGUUCCCGAAGCCGGCCGGCAAGCUGCAGAUCAAGCUUACGAAUACGACCGCCAAGCGAGCCGCCGUCAAAGUCAAGGUUUCCAACAACCAGAUCUACAAGGUCAACCCCGUUUUCGGCUUCGUGGCCCCCGGCGCUGCUCACAGCAUCGAGAUCGAGCGUACCGGAACUGCAGCUGGAACCGGCGAGAAGAUUGUCAUCGUCUUCGCCAACUGCGACGAUGCGGACAAGGAUGCGGCCGCCGUCUUCAAGAAGGUGGCGCCAGCCGAGCAAAAGCAGUCCUCCCUGCCGGUCACUUUUGCUGCCAAA